GUCCAGCCCUUCCUUGGGCUCCAGCCUACACAGGGAUAAACAUCUGAACCUCGCUGCUUAACCAGGGACUUGGCUGCCUGAGGCCUAAGACUGCUUCUCCACCCGGGUCGGAGAGGGAACUGCGAGGUGUUCGCCAGAACAUGUCUCAAAACCUGGAAUCAGCGAAGAACUUGCUUGUUUUCUUGGGAAAAUCGCUGUUGAGUGUUUUGGAGGCCCUACUUUUUCAUAUCAUCUCAAAGCCACGGAAGAACGUUGCGGGUGAGAUAGUGCUCAUAACAGGUGCCGGGAGUGGACUCGGAAGGCUCUUAGCCUUGCAGUUUGCCCGCCUGGGAGCGGUGCUUGUUCUCUGGGAUGUGAAUAAAGAGUCGAACGAGGAGACUCGUCAGUUAGCUGGGAAAGCAGGAGCCACCAGAGUGCAUGCCUACACCUGUGACUGCAGCCGGAGGGAAGAAGUGUACAAAGUGGCUGAUCAGGUUAAGAAAGAAGUUGGUGAUGUCUCUAUCCUCAUCAACAAUGCCGGCAUUGUAACAGGCAGACAUUUCCUCGACUGCCCAGAUGACCUCAUGGAAAAGUCAUUUGAUGUCAAUUUCAAAGCACAUUUAUGGAUGUAUAAAGCCUUCCUGCCUGCCAUGAUUGCUAACAACCACGGCCAUUUGGUUUGCAUUUCAAGUUCGGCUGGAUUAAUUGGAGUAAAUGGGCUGUCAGACUAUUGUGCAAGUAAAUUCGCAGCCCUUGGAUUUGCAGAAUCUAUGUUUAUCGAAACACUUGCCAAGAAACAAUGGGGGAUCAAAACUACAAUUGUGUGCCCAUUCUUUAUAAAAACUGGAAUGUUUGAAGGUUGCACUACUAAGUGUCCUACUCUGUUACCAAUUCUGGAUCCAGAAUAUGCAGUUAGGAAAAUCAUAGAUGCCAUUCUCCAGGAGCAGCUAUAUUUGUAUAUGCCCAAGUUCUUAUACUUCAUUGUGUUUUUAAAAAGCAUCUUGCCAAUCAAGACAGGAAUCCUUAUAGCUAACUACCUGGGAGUCUUUCAUAUGACGGAGGGCUUCAUUGGCCAAAAGAAGAAAACUUAACAAUAGUUCCAUGCCCUGUGUCACCUGAGACCCAUGGCUACAUCAGGCUUACAUCAAAGAAGAAAGGUAUUUCUGUUUGGCAGAACCCAAAGACAAGUAUGUUCUGCUGUGGACUAGAAUGUCCUU